AUGUUUGGUAACACCAACCGCGUAGGAGGAUUUGGUACCUCAAAUACUACCAACACGACAGGAUCGGGUGGAUUGUUUGGAUCUAGUCCUAGUACUGGUGCCUUCGGCUCUAGUACUACAGGUCAGGCAACUUCGCCUUUUGGUCAGGCUGCUAGCUCUACUGGUGGCACUGGUCUGUUUGGUCAAACUACCAAUAACUCCGGAGGUGGUUUGUUUGGUUCAUCCACCUCAGGACAAACAUCCAAUGUUUUCGGUUCUGCAAAUUCCGCUAACAAUGCCAGCUCUACUUCGCCAUUUGGACAAGCCAAUACUGGUGCCAGCGGAGGUCUUUUCGGAGCGACUAAGCCUACAACUGGGUUUGGCGGGUUCUCGAACACGGCUACAAACAGUUCACCUUUUGGCCAGUCGACGGCUGCUACUAGUUUUGGAUCAUCUGCCAAUAACAACCAGAACCAGGGAACUUCCGUUGUUCCUUUUGAACCUUUUUCAGAAAAAGAUACAACAAAGGCCAAUAUGUCCAAUUAUUAUCAAAGUAUUACAUCAAUGCCUCAGUACCAAAACUUUUCGUUUGAGGUAAGUAUACGAUAUUAUAUCUACAAUGGACCAAUUAUUGAAUUAGUCCUGCGUAUAUAUAGUUUAAAGCUCCAUAAGUUUAACCAUCGCUAUGGCAAUCAUAAGAUUGUGCAGUUAAACUGUGGCCCCACGAGCUGUUUCCAAUUGACAGUUAAUGGCUUGAAUGGACAGAAAAUUUCGAGUAAAUUUGAUUCCCUACUAACACAUAAAGGAAUUGAGGUAUCAGGAUUAUCAACAAAGUCGUCGCUUUGGAAACGGUGGUGCUAA